UAGAUAUCGAAAUGUGCCGCUGCUGCUGCGCCACCUUAACUUUAGAGGAUGGUCGCGCUGGAGUCAUCAGGCAGACAUUUAUUGCAGCUCAUUUCAUUUCAUCUUUUCUCGUCCACCUUCACGUUUUACUUAUUGCUUGUCCGCAGCGUGCAAAACCUUCAAGCUCUUCUAGCUACGCAACACGUGGCCCACCCACGUCGUUCGCCUUCUUCCGUCUCAGUGGCCAUUCUAAAGCGCUAUCAAACAAGAAGAGUAGAAUAUCUAACUCUUUCAUAAACUCUAGCAGUUCAACGCCAGUUGCAGCCAUCUCUCAGCCAUGGAGACUCUCACAGAAACUACGCUCUACCCAAAGAUCACAAACCACAUCAAAGAAGUCGUCAAAGCCCUCAAAUGGUCACACCGUGACCCAUCAAACCCUGAAAAAGAAGUAAUCCUCCCCUCAAUACCAAUUGUCGGCACCGUCAAACUCCAUGGCACUCACGUGGACAUCCUCGUGUACCAGGACAAUACGAUCGUUCUACAGUCACGGAAUAAUGCCAAUCUGAUGACCACCGCCGAUAACCAAGGCUUUGCGAAUGCUAUGACAAAGAAAAGAGGCGCGAUCUUGAGCCUUCGAAACCGCUAUCACGCACGAUGGAGAGAGCUGCAUCCGGGAGAGCCAAUUGAUAUGAGUGUACCCAUCACUAUUGCAGGGGAGUGGAUCGGCGAGAAGAUCCAGAAAGGGGUAGCUCUUGUGCGUCUCUCGAAGCGGCUCGUCAUUAUCUCCGUCAAGAUCAAUGGGAAGUGGGUUCCAGACGCCGAUUACCCCAACAUCGAAGAGCCGAAGGAGGGGAUAUAUAACAUCUCGCGGGGCGGCUUCUACUAUUCAACAUUAUAUCCACAAGACCAACAGUGCACGAAUGACAAUCUCGAGAAGCUGGCAGAAAGGGUCGCUGCGCAAUGUCCUUUCGCGGAGAGCUUUGGUGUGAUAGGCGAAGGCGAAGGCUUAGUCUGGAAGCUUGUCCCGCACAUCGAUCAGUCCGAGCUGUGGUUCAAGACGAAAGGAGGGAAGUUCAAGCCUACGUUCACAUCGGCGCCAAAAAAGCUAUCGGCGGAUGAUGCGGGAAAGAGACAAGCCGCAGCAACAGUUGCAAAAGCAUGGUGCUCUGAGCAGAGAAUGGAGCAGGGCUGGGACUAUCUGAGGGAACAGUCGAUACCGCAAAAUCUAAAAGGGAUAGGCGCUUUUCUCAAAUGGGUACAGCAGGAUAUUCUGUUGGAAGAAGUGGGGUAUAUUGAGGAACAUAUGAUUCAUGAGCAGAUGCUGAGGAUGGAGAUAAUUGCCAUCGCGAAGCCAUGGUUUCAAGAGAGGUACAAGAAAGAGGACGAAUGAAUGAUAGUAGAAGGGGGUGGUCAUGGCGUUGAAUGUGACUCAGGAGUGCUUCGGCCGAGGGACUGUCGUAUUUGAGAUGCAAAGCAGUGCUGAUGUCCCAAACUGCCAAAGUGGAAUAGCAGACAUCUCCAAAGAUACCAAAAUCGCGAGUUAAGUGGAUUUAGGAGACAAGCACUCGGAAGAAUCAAAUUAUCAGUUUAUCAACAUCAGCAACCAUCUCCAGAAUGACUCAGAAACGAAUUCCUCAAUCC